CGCGCCGGCUGCUGGCAGCGCCCCGAGAGCACUGCGGGCGUGGCGGGCGCUGUCGAUGGGCCCAGUCGAGAGUCCAGGCGCGCCGGGAGCCGGCAGGCAUGCCCCGGACACUGAGCACCUCCGACAUGGUUACCCCAGGCAGCCUCAGUCCACCCCCCACCAAGUCCAUGGAGGGUGAACAAGCUGGACAGCCUCUCCUGGACGGAGCUCCAUCCUCAGCCUCCCUGGACACCCUGAUCCAGCAGCUGGUGCCCACAGCUGACUACUACCCUGAGAAAGCCUACAUCUUCACCUUCCUGCUGAGCGCGCGCCUCUUCAUCGAGCCAGGGGAGCUCCUGGCCCGAGUCUGCCACCUGUGCAUCGAGCAGCAGCAGCUGGACAAGCCGGUGCUGGACACGAGUGGAGUGGAAGAAAGCUGGCAUGGAGGCAAGAGGUCCACUGUAGAGGCCACUGCAGCCACAGGAGAGCCCAACACAGCCUCAGCCGUGGAGACCAUGGUGGGAAACAAAUUGGAAAUGGAAUUGAGAGAGAGGGCAUACCGAAAGAGGAUGCACCAGCUCUUGCAGGCUCUGCACCAGAAGCUGGCGACUCUGGGCCAGGGCUCAGAAUGCCUGCUGGGAGCUGACAAGCCCAUUGCCUACAGGACCAAGCCGCCGGCCUCCAUCCAUAGGGAGCUCCUAGUCAUCUGCAGUGACCCCUACACACUGGCUCAGCAGCUGACCCACGUGGAGCUGGAGCGGCUGCGGAACAUUGGGCCUGAGGAGUUUGUCCAGGCUUUUGUGAACAAGGACCCUCUGGCCAGCACAAAGCCUUGUUUCAGCAACAAGACUAACAACCUAGAGGCUUAUGUGAAAUGGUUCAACAGAUUGUGUUACCUCGUGGCAACUGAGAUCUGCAUGCCGGCCAAGAAGAAGCAGAGGGCCCAGGUGAUCGAGUUCUUCAUCGACGUGGCCCGAGAGUGCUUCAACAUUGGCAACUUCAACUCCCUGAUGGCCAUUAUCUCUGGCAUGAACAUGAGCCCUGUCUCCAGGCUGAAGAAGACCUGGGCCAAAGUGAAGACAGCCAAGUUUUUCAUUGUCAUCCCCUUCUUCAGCCUGCUCAUUAAAGACAUCUACUUCCUAAAUGAGGGCUGUGCUAACCGCCUCCCCAAUGGACAUGUCAACUUUGAGAAAUUUCUGGAACUGGCCAAGCAGGUUGGAGAGUUCAUCACAUGGAAACAAGUGGAAUGCCCCUUUGAGCAAGAUCCCAGCAUCGCCCACUACUUGCACACUGCCCCCAUCUUCAGUGAGGAUGGUCUUUAUUUGGCUUCUUAUGAAAGUGAGAGUCCAGAAAACCAAACAGAAAAAGAGAGGUGGAAAGCUCUAAGGUCUUCUAUUUUGGGGAAGACGUGAGCAACUCGGAGCUGGAGGUGGAGGAGGCGGAGGAGAGGAAGCCAGCAGAACCUUCUGUAGCCUUGCCUCAGCUGGCCCAGUAAGCAGGGAAGACAUUGGCACUUCGCUACUUUGCAGAUUUGGCGCCCACCAGUGACCACACAGCACAGGAAACUUUCUCCCACCUUUCGUGGAAGCUCAGCCCUGGCAGGGCCAAGGGCCCCCAGACCUGAGGUGACCUGUUCCCCUGAGGGCCCGGCUUUCAGGAUGGUGAGGACCAUGUUGCUGGUCAGCCCGUCUGCCCUUAGGGGAGAUGCGGCACCCACCCUCAGUCUGUGGCCGGGUGGCCUGAGAGCCUCUGCCUCUCCAGCAGCCAUCACGGUGACAUGAGAGGGGUUGUGAGCCCCCCAGUGACCCCGCCACUCUGCUGACGGACCUCACACUGCCUUGGUGGGCUGUUUCUGCAACCCCAUGCACCUCUGGAUCCUGCUGGUAUCAGGGGACAGCUUUCUGGUGACAACUGUGAAGCAGCUCAGCAGGACAAGUUUGAAUCAUGGAGUUGAUAAUGUGUACAGUUCGUUGUAAACUAGAGUUGACAUAAAGGCACAGUCA